AGUUCAAUCAUGGCUUCAUCCACAUACCCAAGCUCGUUGUUUAACUUGAGCUCCAGUUCUUCAACAUCAGCCACACGCUUGCCCUUGAGGUUUUCUGGGUCUAGCUUUAAUGGGUGCAAUGGAGUUUCAGUGACUAAGGCUUGGUUUAGUAGUGGGUCAAGAAUAUGUGCCAAGUUUGAGAAGUUUCAAGCUGAGGAUGAGCUUGAAGAAACCAACACAACACCAUCCUUACCAGAGGUUGAAGAAGAUGGUGUGCAGGAAGAAGAUGACAGCUGCUUGCCUUCUGACUUGGAGGGUGCAGUCCGUCAAUCGGGUGAAGCAAGUGCGUCAUUUGUUUCUUCAGGAGGAAUGAGAGCCAUAGUUGAACUUUUAAUUCCCCAGCUGCAGUUUCUAGAUGAAGAAGGGGCACAAGCUGAGCUCUGGGAGUUAUCAAGGGUUUUCUUGGAUACACUUAUAGAGGAAACUGGAUGUGAGAGAGUUAAAGCUGUAUUUCCUGAUGCUGGAGCAGCAGCUCUUCUAAAAUAUCGGUGGACAGAUGCUGCUUUUGGAUUCGCCAGCUUAAGUGACCGGAAGCCCAUAACAAGUGAAGAUGAGAUUGUGGUUAUGAUUGUACCUGAUUAUCAGAUGUUGGAAUAUGUAGAGAGACUUGCAUCCAGUUUGUUAGAUGAUCCGCCAAGGCCUCUAAUCAUGUGGAACCCACGUCUCAUCAGUGAGGAUGUUGGAGUUGGAUUUAAUGUACGAAAGUUAAGGCGGUACUUUUUGAGCACUUUUACGACAGUCUACUCAAUGAGGCCUAUGGAAUCCGGGGCUGUAUUUAGGUGCUAUCCAGGGUCAUGGAAGGUAUUCUUUGAUGACAAGGAGAGACCAAACAGAUAUCUGCUUGCCAAAGAGCUUUUGCGCCGUCCUGAUGCUGAAGACCUUGAGAUGAUAUUUGGAAAUAUGCAAGAGGAUUCAGAGCAGGGCCCAUCUUUGUUUGAUAGGGCAGCAGGGAUGUUCUCUUCAAUGAACCGAUUUAUGAGGAUCAUUUCAAAAUAGACUUGAUUACUGUUCUUUGCAGC